AUGUGGGCAGCCAGAAACGCAUUGCGUCCAAUAGCCUUUCUCAGUACUUGGCCCAUUCGAGCCAGAGCUCUUCGUCCACUAAGUGUCGUGGUGAUGCAACCUCACAGGAGUGUCACCCCUUCGCAACGCUUCUAUGCAACCGCUGAGCGACAUGAGUUUCAAGCAGAGACGAAAAAUCUCAUGGACAUCGUCGCCAAAUCUCUUUACUCCCAUAGUGAGGUAUUUGUACGCGAACUCAUUUCCAAUGCUUCGGAUGCUCUUGAGAAGAGGAGAUGCGUCGAGUUGACCGGAGAAAUAGCAGAAGGACCUAGCGAAAUUCGGGUUAUUACUGAUGAGGCUAACCGCACAAUCACCUUCGAGGACACUGGCAUUGGAAUGGAUCGCGAAGAUUUACUCGAAUGCCUCGGAACGAUUGCCAAGUCGGGCAGCAAAGAGUUCAUUGAGAAGAAUAAGGACAAUGCAGAAGCAGUAAUCGGCCAAUUCGGUGUAGGAUUCUAUUCCGCUUUCAUGGUAGCAGACUCAGUGGUUGUAACUACUAGGAAAGUUGGAGCGAAAGAGGACCAAGGAUUGAAAUGGGUUUGGAAAGGAGACAAUUCCUAUGAAAUUUCCGAAGAGAGCGGUCUGCCGACUGGUACCCGCGUACACAUCCAUUUGAAAGCCGGCGACUCUGCAGAUUAUUCCAAGGCUGAUAAAGUAAAGGAGUACUCCUACUUCGUUGCUGCUCCAAUUUUGCUGAAUGGAGAACGUGUAAAUAGUCUGAAUGCUAUAUGGACUUUGCAACCGAAAGACGUCACCAAGGAGAUGCACGAAACGUUCUUCCAGCAGUUGGCGAAACAGCAGAAGAAGUCUGAUUUCAUACACCGACCGUGCUAUACAAUUCACUACAAGACCGACACACCAGUCUCAUUACGAUCUGUUCUCUACAUACCACAGCACAAGUUCUCAAUGCUGGAGUACGCUGCCCAGGCGCAUAACAGGGAAUGUGGUUUGUCACUGUACGCUAGAAGAGUGCUUAUCAAACCAAACGCUGGUGAACUUUUGCCCAAUUACCUUCACUUCAUCAUGGGUGUGGUCGAUUCGGAAGAUGUUCCAUUGAACCUUAGUAGGGAAAUGCUUCAGAAUAAUCCCGUUUUGAGAAAGUUGAAGAAAAUACUCACGGACAAAGUUCUUAGCUUUCUGCAAAAUGAAAUGAAGAAGGAUCACGAGAAGUACGAAGAAUUCUAUAAGUACUACAACAUUUUUCUUAAAGAAGGUGUUGUUACAGAAAUGGAGCAUAGUCAGAAGGAAGAGAUAGCAAAAUUACUUCUGUUUGAAUCUUCGAACCUGAAACCGGGUGUACUCACCAAUCUUAGCGAGUAUUGUAAGCGUAUGCAGGAAGGCCAGAAAGAAAUAUUCUACAUGUUUUCUCCUAGCCGACAACUCGCUGAGUCAUCACCGUACUAUGAGUUGAUCAAAUCUCAGAACAAGGAAGUUCUUUUUCUUUACGAACCUGCUGACGAGGUAGUCUUUCUUUCGAUGGGGCAAUUCCAAAUGAAAAGUUUGAUAGGAAUAGAGAAGUGGGCGGAAACUGCAGCAUCAACAGAAACAGGAGAAACCGAUACAAAGCAAUUCCGUGAUAUCAAUAAAAAGGAAUUGUUGGACUGGAUUAAAACCACGCUUGGAUCUGUGAAGGUUCACGAUAUAGUUGGACAUCACCGACCCAGUGAUCAUCCAGUAAUGUUGACAAUCAAGCACGAAAUGGGGGCUGCAAGGCAUUUGUUGCGAACAGGUGAAAUAAAAGAUAUGGAGCACCUGGUCUUCCUCCAACCAUGCCUUCAUGUAAAUCUUUCGCAUCCAUUGAUUAAAAGUCUUUACAACAUGAAAAGAACUGAUCCACAGACGGCGGAACUCCUCAUUUCGCAGGUCUACGAUAAUGCUCUCAUCACCUCCGGCCUUUUGAAAGACACCAGUGGUAUGGUGCAGCGGUUGAAUAAAUUGCUUACCGCAUUAGCGGCUAGUGGCAAAAGCACAAUUCUGACGCCGUAA